AUGGCUACCCACACUUCCACCAAGCCCACAUCAGCCAACGGCGACGCGCGGGGACCUUUGAGCAACACCGCCGGAGCCAUGCCUGCACCACCACCUGUGAAUCGCAAAAAGCAAAAACGCCGACAGAAGCAAGCCGCCAGAUUAGCUGGUGAGACUUCGGAUGUCCAGGCAACUAACGGAGCCGCUUCCCCCAUCGACGACCGUCCCUCGAAUGACCCUGAUGUCGAUAGCGCCGAUCUCAACCAUGCCAAUGGCGAUAAUGUGUAUCGGAAUGGAAAUCCAAGCACGCAGAACCACACGAACGGACCGGCUUCUUCGAUUGAUCGCGAUGACCUCGACCACAGCCGAUCGGGCUCGAAAUCCAAGAAAAAGAAGAACAAGAAAGGUCGAUCCGGCUCACACACACAUGCUGACGGUAGCUCGACUCCUCUCUCUACACCUUCCGCCUCCUUCUCCCAUCCGCCAUCAUCCCACUCUCUACCGUACCACAAUCGAUUCUCUUCCAAGUCCGGCAAGGAAAGCAACAUUUGGAACCAGUCGUCGUUGGAGGAGCGCGAAAACAUCCGAACUUUUUGGUUUGAAUUAGGUGAGGAAGAGCGUCGCCAGCUGGUAAAGGUAGAGAAGGACGCGGUUUUGAAGAAGAUGAAGGAGCAGCAGAAGCAUUCGUGCAGCUGCUCCGUCUGUGGCCGCAAGCGAACCGCCAUCGAAGAAGAGCUGGAGGUCUUGUAUGACGCGUACUACGAAGAGCUCGAACAGUACGCAAACAACAAUCAAGGCUCAUUCGAAGAAGGCGCCCCCAUUAUCCCUCCACCUCGACUCUAUCAACCCCCGCUCCGAUCUCCCGGUCAGCACACACGAACGCACGGCCAGUACCACCCAUCAAGAAGCCGAGUGGAAGAAAUACAUGAAGACGAUCAAGAAGAGGACGAAGAUGAUUUGGAGGACGACUACGAUGAAGAGGAGGAACAUGACGAGGAGGAAGACGCUGAGCUGUACACUGACGACGAAUUCGAGGACGAGGAAACUCGAGCAGCCCGAGCAGACUUUUUCGCUUUUGGGAACAGUCUCACUGUAAAAGAUGGUAUCCUAACAGUGGCAGAUGACUUGCUCAAAAAUGAUGGCAAGCACUUUAUUGACAUGAUGGAGCAAUUGGCUGAGCGCCGGAUGCAACGAGAAGAAGAUACCCAGUACAACAUAGCUGCCGCCCACCAAAACUUUCACGCCGAUCACAACCACGGCCCUCUCGAUGAUGACUAUGACGAUGAAGAAGAAGAAGACGACUACGAUAGUGAGGACGAGGAAGAGGAGUUUGACGAGGAUGAAAUGGAUGCCAUGACCGAGGAGCAGCGGAUGCAAGAAGGGCGACGAAUGUUUCAAAUAUUUGCCGCCCGCAUGUUCGAGCAACGCGUAAUGACAGCGUACCGGGAAAAGGUCGCUGAACAACGCCAACAGCAGCUCCUCGAAGAACUCUUAGAGGAGGAGAAUCGAACAGAGCAACGAAAUGCUAAGAAGGCACGGGAGGCACAGAAGAAGAAGGACAAGAAGCGUUUGCAGAAGCAGGCUAAAGAGGAGGAGAAGGCUCGUCGAGAUGCCGAGAAAGCGGCUGAAGAAGCGGCUGCCAAAGCUGCCCAGGAAAAGAAGAUGGAAGAACAGCGGCUAAAGCGUGAAGAGCAACGGAAGAAGCGCGAGGCCGAACGCAAGGCUCAAGAAGAGGAACGGGCCAAGAAGGAGGCCGAGAAGCAGAAGCGUCUCAAGGAGGAAAGAGAGCGCCAAGCCGAGAUUGAACGAAAGCAGCGCGAGCAGAAGGAGGAGAAGAAAAGGAAGGAGGACGCCAAGCGCAAAGAGAAAGAGGAACGGGAGGCCCGGGAGAAGAAAGCCAAAGAGGAGUCCGAGCGGAAGUUGCGCGAGGAGCAUGCAAAGAAGGAGCAUGAUGCUGCCGUCAAAGAUGGACAAGAAGCUAGGGUUGGCAGUGGAAAGGGCGUGGUGGUUCAAACAAGGCCACCAAUCCCUAAUGCAGUUCCAGCUCCAGCUCCAGCUCCAGCUACUUCUGUGCAUCCGCCUCUUCAAUCACAGCAUCUCCCCGGUCUUCUCAAGUCUCCACAAGCUAGCUUUAACCCUCCCAAGGUUGCUACUUCCCAUGAGACCGCGUCAGCCAUCACAACAAGGCUCUCACUCUUCAUCUCCUCAUUCUCAGACGACAUCCUCGGAGUACCCCCUCCAACCAUCGAUCUCGCCAGGAUCAAUGAUGCACCAUGGCGCCAUUGGGGGCAGGCCUGUUUCUCAUCAACCUCCUCCUCUGCACCACCCUCAGCCUUCAGCUCCUCUAUCGCCUCUGGGAAGAGCCAACCCGCCAGGCUUCUCGAAACUUGGAGGCCUGCCUGCAAACCCCCCCCGGGCUGCCGCCAAUGGGCGGACCCCGGACAUGGCUUCCCUUUCCCUGGAAUGCCUGCUGGGUUCCCAAUGCCACAGCCAGGUCUGAGCAAACCUCACUCGAGGCAACCGUCUGCUUCGUUUGACCGAUCUCCAUUGGAUUCAAGCAACCAGCCGUUCCAGUUUUCGCGGCCUAGCCCUAUGAAACAGCUGUCGAGCGAUGCACAGGAACAAGAGGCUGGUCAUACUCCGUCUCAACGAGAGGUGGACAGUCUGAGCACACAGCUGGGCAGCAGUGCACUUCUCGACGAUAUUGAUCCUCAAUUCCCGUCGACGCUUUCCCAGUCGCUGCCGCAUGGUGGUAUCGCUCCAGGACAAUUCCCUACACCAUCGAGGGCCAGCUUCCAAGGCUCCUCAUUCUUCCCAGACCCGCUGGGACCCAAAUCUACGAAUUUCGCAGUUGGCUCCUCUGGCUGGGGCGCAGCCCCCUUUGGAAGCACCGCCUUCCCCAGCGCAUCGACCUGGGGACCCACACCUGCGAGCGGCUGGCCGCACCCGCAGCCCCACAAUGUCUUCGCAGCCGGUGGACAUCUCCGCGGUCAUACAUCCCGACCCGUCACCAUCCGUCUCCUGAUGAUCCAAGCUUGCAAGCAUCUAAAUGCUGUGAGUCCACAGUCUGGUUCAGGAGGCUACCAUAACGUGGACGUGCUUCUGAGCCAAGUGGAACAGCUUCGUGCUUCUAGUGAGCCUGCUAUCACAUUGAACGAGAUGCUUGAGAUCUGCGACACAGAAGGCAAUCAUCAGAAUGGCGGCGGUCAGUUCUCUGUCAAGGAAGAAGGAAGCACCCGCUAUGUUAAAUUCGAUCCUGAGCCUAAUAGCGCCGUCUCUGGCCACCGUGGCAGUCUUGUCCCUGGUGAUAUUGGCAGUCCAGUUCCUGGAAACAGCAACCCGGCUGCCUUUGGUGGGUUCAGCACUCACUCUGUUCUACGACAAUACACCUCUCCUCCGGCUGGGAUGUACGGGUCAUAG